UAAUGAACUUAACAAAAUGUUGCAUACAUUCUAAAAGUUUCUCACACUGUUUAGGUUUACACACUCAGCAGAGAUGAAUUAGAAACUGUUCCAUAUUCAAGAUUAUAGGUGGAGCUACUAUAUGACACCUUGUCAAGUGAGUAAAAGACUGCAGCAAAUGUAAAAUGAAACAGAUGAACAGGAAGAUUUUCAAACAACACUUCUAUUCAGAAGCUGAAAUUAACAAUCAGACCUGAUACUAACGCACAGUCAUGGCAUCCUGCAGUGGUCCAUUAAAUGAGGAGCUCCAGUGCUCCAUCUGUCUGGAUGUGUUCACUGAUCAAGUCACCACUCCAUGUGGACACAACUACUGCAGAACCUGCCUGAACAAGUGCUGGACAAACACACUGACCUGGUGCUGUCCAACCUGUAAAGAAACAUUCAGCAGAAGACCUGACCUUGAGAUUAACAAAACCAAUGGCACCGUAAUAGAGGGAGAUGUUAGGAUGAGUCAAAGGGCCCUGUUCAGAGAGGGGGACACCGGAAAGCAACCUCUACUGAGGGGGACAGACCAACCCCCGCUUCCACUUCCCCGAAAGCGAAUUCUACAGAGGUCCCAAGUCAAUAUUUUACUCAGGGGGCCCAGAAACAAUAACAGUGCCCCUGAACACAACGCUGAGAGUUUAGCGCAACACUUGAAGGAGAAUCUCAAUCAAGGAAGAUCUGAGGUGUUCUGUGACAUCUGUGAUGAAAGAAAGCAGAAAGCUGUGAAGUCCUGCCUGACGUGUCAAAGCUCUUACUGUGAGACUCACCUGGAGCCUCAUCACAGAGUCUCACGUCUAAAGAAACACAAACUGAUCAACGCUGUGGAAAAUCUGGAGGAUUAUAUAUGCCAGAAACACCAGAGACCUCUGGAUCUGUUCUGCAGAGAUGAUCAGACGUGUGUGUGUCUGUCCUGCACUGAAGGAGACCACAGGACUCACAACACUGUUCCUAUAGAGGAGGAGAGUCAGGAAAAGAAGCUGGUUCAGACACAGACAGAUGUGCAGGAGAUGAUCCAGAACAGAAUGGAGAAGAUUCAAGAGAUCCAGCACUCAGUAGAGCUGAGAAAGAGAAACACACAGAAAGAGAAAUCAGCCAGUGUUGAGCUCUUCACUGACCUGAUCAGCUCCUUUGAGAGAUGUCAGUCUGAGCUGCUGAAGAUGAUGGAGGAACAGCAGAAAGCAUCAGAGAAACAGGCUGAAGAUCUCAUUAAAGAGCUGCAGCAGGAAAUCACUGAUCUGAAGAAGAGAAACACUGAGCUGGAGCAGCUCUCACACACUGAUGAUCAUCUGCGCCUCCUACAGAUUUUCUCUUCCCUAUACAGCCAUCCACACAAGAACUGGACUGAGAUCAGUAUUGACUCUGAUGUGAAUGUACUCCCUAUGAAUAGAGCUCUGACUCUAGUGAAGAAAACUCAUGAGACACUAAAGAAAAAACUCAGUCACACUGCGUUGAAGUGUGUACUGAAGUUUUCAGUGGAUGUGACUCUGGAUCCUGUUACAGCGAAUUCAUAUCUCAUCCUGUCUGAUGAUGGAAAACAUGUCAGUCAUGGAGAUAUUGAGCAGGAUGCCCUGGAAAACCCAAAGAGAUUUGAUGUCAGUUUGUGUGUUCUGGCAAAGGAGGGAUUCAGUUCAGGCAGAUUUUACUAUGAGGUGCAGGUGAAGGGAAAAACUCAGUGGAAUUUAGGAGUGGCCAGAGAAUCCAUUAACAGGAAGAGGGAGAUCACACUGACCCCUGAGGAUGGAUUCUGGGUUGUGAUUGUGAAGAAUGAGAAUCACUAUAUAGUUUUUGAUAAUCCAGUGGUCAUGUUCUCUCUGAGAGUGAAACCUGAGAUUGUGGGAGUGUUUGUGGAUUAUGAGGAGGGUCUGGUCUCUUUUUAUGAUGCACAGCACAGAUCUCAUAUCUACUCUUUCACUAGUCAGACUUUCACUGACAAACUCUAUCCAUACUUUAAUCCAGGCCUUAAUGAUGAAGGUAAAAACUCAAAACCACUGAUCAUCACACCUGUCAAAAUAAAAAGAAUCAACACCUCUAGAAUAUGAAAAAUGAAUUCUAAAAGAUUAUCUAUAUGAUGAUUUAUGUUGCCUUAAAAAACAAUUAUUUAUAGAAUUGUUAUUUUUUAAAAAUGAAUUAUUUUAUUGAUUAUAGCUAUUUUUUGUUUUUGUUUUCUUGCUAUCACAAAUUAAUUUUCUCAUGAUCUUGAUAUAACAAAAGUUGUUAUAUAAAUAUAUAUAUAUGUGUGUGUGUGUGUGUGUGUGUGUGUGUGUGUGU